AUGGCUUCACUUAUUAACAUGGUUUCAGUUUCACCAAGAAUAUUCACACCCACAACAACAACAACAAGAACCUCUUCACUUCAAACACGACCAACUUUGCCACCGUUUUCUGUCUCAUUUCCUAAGAGAAGAUUAACCGUUAGAGCAGCUGAAACUGAUGCAAAUGAAGAAGUUAAAUCUGAGGCACCGGAUACGGCGCCUGCUAAAAAUGGAUCAAGCUUCAAUCAGCUUCUUGGUAUUAAAGGAGCUUCUCAAGAAUCAAAUAUAUGGAAGAUUCGUCUUCAACUUACAAAGCCUGUAACUUGGCCACCAUUAGUUUGGGGUGUAGUUUGUGGUGCUGCUGCUUCUGGAAAUUUCCAUUGGGACUUUGAGGAUGUUGCUAAAUCAAUUUUGUGCAUGAUGAUGUCUGGUCCAUUCCUGACAGGAUAUACACAGACUCUGAAUGAUUGGUAUGACCGAGAAAUUGAUGCAAUAAAUGAACCUUAUAGACCAAUUCCUUCUGGUGCAAUAUCCGAGAAUGAGGUAAUCACUCAAAUAUGGGUGCUGCUACUUGGAGGUCUUACUUCGGCGGGUAUAUUGGAUAUAUGGGCAGGGCAUGAUUCCCCUAUACUUUUUUACCUUGCGUUGGGUGGAUCCCUGCUGUCGUAUAUAUAUUCCGCACCUCCUUUAAAGUUAAAACAAAAUGGAUGGAUUGGAAACUUUGCCCUUGGAGCAAGUUACAUUAGUUUGCCAUGGUGGGCUGGUCAAGCUUUGUUUGGGACUCUUACACCAGACAUUAUUGUUCUCACACUCCUUUACAGCAUAGCUGGCUUGGGAAUUGCCAUUGUAAAUGAUUUCAAAAGUGUUGAAGGAGAUAGAGCUCUAGGACUUCAGUCUCUUCCCGUCGCUUUUGGUGAGGAAACUGCAAAGUGGAUAUGUGUUGGCGCUAUCGACAUUACACAAUUAUCUGUCGCAGGAUAUCUACUCGGGGCUGGUAAACCGUAUUACGCAUUGGCUCUACUUGCCUUAAUAGCUCCGCAAGUCAUAUUUCAGUUCAAGUAUUUCCUCAAGGACCCUGUGAAAUACGAUGUUAAAUAUCAGGCUAGUGCACAACCGUUUUUGGUUCUUGGUCUGUUGGUUACUGCUCUAGCAACAAGCCAUUGA